AUGGAGAGCCUCAAGGACGAAAAGACCAUUUCCAAAAGUGUCGGCAGGCACGACGGAGGUAAUCACUUUUCUACUUCUAUUGACGGAGUUGAGAUCCAUGCGAGCACCGACAGAGAACAGAAGAUGACUCUGCUGGAGGGGUUGAAGCUUUAUCCCAAGGCUGUCUGGUGGUCUGUCUUCAUCUCCACAGCCGUCAUCAUGGAGGGUUACGAUAUCGGCCUCCUCGGUUCUUUUUACGGCUUCCCGGCCUUCCAAAAGAAAUUCGGCGAGAGUUUAGGCAACGGUAAAUACAAUAUUUCCGCUCCAUGGCAGAGCGGCCUGACCCAGGCAAUGCAUGUCGGCCAGAUCUUCGGUUUGAUGAUCAACGGUUGGGCCAUGGACCGCUUUGGCUUUAAGAAAACUCAGAUCGCAGCUCUUUUUGUCAUGUCAGGCUUCGUUUUUAUUCAAUUCUUCGCCAAAUCGAUUGAGAUGCUCCUUGUCGGUGAACUCCUAAUUGGCUUUCCCUUGGGUAUAUUCUUGACCCUCACGACUGUGUACGCCGCGGAGGUAUGCCCUGUGGUCCUGAGACCGUACCUUACCACCUAUGUCAAUCUUUGUUGGUCCAUUGGCAAGUACAUAUCUACGGGAAUAUUGCGUGGUUUCCUUCACAACACGUCCCAAUGGUCUUGGCGGAUCCCAUUUGCCAUCCAGUGGGUUUGGGUCCCCUGGCUUGUCAUUGGCACACUCCUUGCUCCAGAGUCUCCGUGGUGGUUUGUGCGUCAGGGCCGCUUGGAUGAUGCCCGAAAGUCAUUGCGGCGUCUACGGUCCAACCCCCUAGAUCAUGAAAUCGAAGCUGAUAUCUCUAUGAUGGUUGCAACCAAUGCGCAUGAGAAAUCUCUCGACGAAGGGAUGACCUAUCUUGACUGUUUCAAGGGGAUCAAUCUACGGCGAACGGAGAUUGCUUGUACUGCCUGGUCUAUUCAACCCAUGUUGGGUUUCGCUCUGGCCGGCCAAGCUACCUACUUCCUGGAGCAAGCUGGCCUUAGUUCUGAUCACGCUUUUGACAUGAGUCUCGGUUCGCUUUCGAUUGGUUUCGUUGGAGGACUUGCGGCCUGGUUGUUUGUUAAUCGAUUUGGUCGCCGCCCACUCUACACCUACGGUCUGGCGGGCAUAUUUGUCAUUCAGAUGGCGAUUGGAUUAUUGGCAAUCCCAAAGCAGAGCGGAGGAACGGCAUGGGCGACCGGUGUAAUGCCUCUCAUUUUCACUGCCAUAUACGCAGUCUCCGUCGGUCCCGUCUGUUAUGCCAUCGUGGCCGAAGUCCCAUCGACACGUCUUCGAUCCAAGACGGCAGCACUUGCUCGCAACGCGUACAAUAUCUUCUCGAUUGUCAAUAACAUUAUCACCAACUACCAGAUCAAUGCUACUGCAUGGAACUGGAAGGGUUAUACCGGCUUCUUCUGGGCCGGGUUCUGCGGCCUCUGUUGGGUUUGGUCCUACUACAGGCUCCCUGAGCUCAAAGACCGCACGUUUGCUGAGUUGGAUAUCCUCUUCGAAUCCAAGAUCCCAGCGCGUCAAUUCAAGGCUACCAAAGUUGACGACACGGCCAUACUUAGUGAGGGAGCAUGCGGCGAUGAGGAAUCGGCGGCGUGA